UGUACUUUUCAACAAGUGUUUUACAGAGUGCGAAACAAAUAAAAGCAGCAGCAAGAAGCAACAAAUAACAACAGCAACAACAACUUGCGCUCUUAUCACCAAUUACAACAAUUACAAUCACACAAGAAUUUAAAUAAAUAUAAAUAACUUAAUGUGCAUAUUCAGCAUGUCAAGUUUUAUAAAUAUUCUUCAUUUUUUCUUGUUCUGAUAAAUUUUCAACUCAUAUCAACGUUUAAUGAUAUCUGAGUUGCAGAACCAAAACAAACGCACAUGUCAAUGAAUGUGAAUGGAUUAAUGUGAAAAUCAAAUCAAUGCUAAUAACAAAAAAACAAUAAAAACAUUAUAAAGAUAUCUGACCCAUAAAACUAACGACUACAUAAAACGUGGUGCAAACAAAACAUCAACAACAAAAAAUUAAAAAAAAAAAGAUUUGGCAACUGCAAAAGCAACUAACGAAUACGAAUUUUCACAACAACUUGAAGUUUGUAACGGAUUUUCAAGACACUUUGCACAAGUGAUUAUUGCAAAGUUUUCGCUUUGUUAGAGAUUUUGGAAACGAGGUUCCAUUCUAUGUGCUAUUUGGAAAAAGCACUAGCAAAUAUUUGAUGCAUCAAAAAGGCGCCAAAACAAUUAAGAGCUAACAACAACAACAACAGCAGAAGCAGCAACAACAACAACACAACCAACAACAACAACUGUAGCAGCUAGAAGAAGAAGAAGAACAGCAACAGUUCAUAGCAUGCGUCUCUUUAAAACGCGCAAAUCUACGGACACAUACAGCACUUUAUCAGCCGGCCAACAGCAGGAGCAGGAGUUGAGCAAGACCAGCAACAUUUGCCACAGCAACAACAUCCACAAGCAACAGCACAAAUCUCACGCAUUGGCAACAUGCAGCAACAAAUUGAGCAAAAGCAUUGCCAACAGCACAGCAAUAUCGUCAUCGUUGCCUGAUCUGCACGACAACUCACCCGUCAUGAUCCUGAGUUGCACCACCCUCACCAGCAACGGCGGCGCCACAGCAACAGCAACGGCUGCAACGUCAGCAGCAGCAGCAACUGGCAACAAUGUACAGCAACCAUUGCGAACAGCCACGCCCACUUGCCUGCUAAGUGGACGUCAAACGCCUUCAGCGAUAUCAAUGCUCUCGCUGCAAGAGACCAGCAACAAUUUGCACAGACAACAACAACAGCAACAACAUCAGCAGCAGCAACAACAACAACAGCAACCAACCAUUUAUGUGCCCAAUAAACUGGGCAACAAUGUCAACAAUGCAGGCACAGCAACAUUUCUGCUUAGCUACGCGAGCAGCAGCAAUAUUGCUGGCGCCCAGCAGCAACAUCAGCAGCAGCAGCAGCAACAUUAUCAGCAAUACAUGGCACAGCGUCUGCAUCAAAAUGCAACAUCUGCCUCAAACAGUUGUCUAUAUGAUAAGUCUGGAGGCAGCAACAUCUCCCUAGCUCCUGGUCACAUGCCCGACUACAAGCUGGUGACAGCCGUGCCCGUUGUUGUCCUGGAUGAUGAACAGAAAUUGGCGGUGGGAGCAACAGCAACAACAACAACAGCAACAGCUGAGAUGAACAGCGAUGCCAGCAGCAACAUCAGCAGUGUUAGCAGCAACACAGGUAGCACUGCCUCCUUGGCCAGCACCACGCGAAAUGUGUUUACUUGGGGCAAGCGCAUGAGUCGCAAACUGGAUUUGUUGAAGCGCAGCGAAUCCCCCGCCUCCGCCUCCAACAACAGCACAACCCACAAGUCACACACGGAUCUGCGCAGUCUGUUCCACUCGCCAACGCACCACAAGUCCAGUAACAACAACAGCAGCAACAACAACAAUAAUGCAUCUCCAACGCCUUCGGGAGUCUAUCAAAGCAGCACGCUCAAAAAGUGCAAGUCGGGACCCAUUGAGACGAUCAAGCAACGUCAGCAUCACCAGCAACAACAACAGCAGCAACACCAACAACAACCACUACAGGUUCAGGAUAUGACCAACAGAGGGAGCCAGAGUGCACAAUCAACGCCCACUCAUCAAUAUCAGCCAGUGGCACGCCCACAAAAGGCGCUCAAGAAUUUCUUUCAUCGCAUUGGCUCCACGGGCAUGUUGAAUCAUCGUUCGCAUAAUCUGCUCAAGGCAUCGGAGGCAGCGCAGCAGGCGACGCCACAGAGUCAAACAUUGUAUCGCAGCAGCUCGACGAGUCAGUUGUCCAGUUGCUCCUACAUCAAAUGCGAUGAUCCCACCGAGGGAUUGAAUCUGCAGCGACAGCAGCGUCAUCAUCAUCUGCAGCAUCAGCAGCAGCAGCAGCAUCUGAAGUCCAGCAGCUGCGAUGACAUUGCCAAGGUGAGCAGCUGCCUCGCGGUCAGCAGCAGCAGCGGCAGCGCAGCCGGCAGCAGUGUGGGAUCACCGCCCAAUGGAGUGGGAGUGGGAGCAGCAGCUGGAGCAGGUGCAGCGGUUGGUCAGCAGGAUGCAGCACGUCGUGGUGCGUUUCCCUAUGCCUUUCUGCGCUCCCGUCUCUCUGUGCUGCCCGAGGAGAACGGCGGCUCUGUGCUGCUCAAGCGCGAGCAACUGCAGCGGGAGGCGGUGGCGGCGGCGGCAGCAGCUGCAGCGGCAGCAGCAACAACAACAACAACUCAAUCCCAAUCUCCGUUGGCGCAACGUCGAUCGCCGGAGCAACAGCUGGCGAAUGUGUCGCGCAAUGACAGCAUCUCGUCCAAGGACUGGGAACCACUUUACCAAAGAUUAAGUAGUUGUCUGAGUUCAAAUGAGUCCGGCUACGACAGCGAUGGUGGCACUGGCACAGCUGGUGUCGGAUCCGGUUCCGGUUCCGGCAUCGGUGUCGGAGUCCCAGCUGGUGCUCGUCUGGGCAAUAAUCUUAGCAUCUCUGGCGGAGAUACAGAAUCUAUUGCCUCGGGCACACUCAAGCGCAAUUCGCUAAUCUCGCUCAGCUCCUCGGAGGGAGUGGGCAUGGGCUUAGGAUUGGGUCUAGGCAUGGGCAUGAGCUCCUCCUCCUCGUCGGUGCGGAAUAGCAUUUGCAGUGCACCCGUCUCCCUGGGAGGCUAUAACUAUGACUACGAGACGGAGACGAUCCGGCGACGUUUCCGACAGCUGAAGCUGGAGCGCAAAUGCCAGGAGGAUUACAUCGGACUGGUGUUGUCACCCAAAAUGGUUGUCACCAACAACAAUGAGCAGCAGUAUCGAUACCUCAUCGUCGAACUGGAGCCAUAUGGCAUGGCCCAAAAGGAUGGUCGACUGCGUCUGGGAGAUGAGAUCGUGAAUGUGAAUGGCAAACAUUUGCGUGGCAUUCAAUCCUUUGGCGAGGUGCAGCGUCUGCUCAGCACCUUUGUGGAGAACUGCAUUGAUCUGGUGAUAGCGCACGAUGAGAUCGCCACCGUGACCGACUUCUAUACCAAAAUCCGCAUCGACGGCAUGAGCACACAACGGCAAAGACUCAGCUAUGCCCAGCGCACGGACAGCCUCAACAGUUUGCAGAGCCUGCAGCUCCAGGUGGAACAGGAGCAGGAACGGGAGCGGGAACGUGAACGGGAGGAGGGCGAGGAUCAGUGCGAUGCACGCUCGCUGGCCAGUGUCAGCACACUGCCCACGCCCAUGCCACUGAUGCAGCAUCGACGCAGCUCCACGCCGCGUCCCUCGCUGGACGUGAGUGGGUCGGAGCAGGAGCUAUUACGGCGCAGAUCAAGGAGCUCUUCAGGUCAGCGCAGCUUGGCUUUAACGCCGACACCGCUCUUUAACCACCAGCAAACACCAACAAACAAUGACAACAACAACACCUCCUCCGCCUCCUCCACUGUUAACAUCUCAGCUAACACCAAUAACGAAUCCUACACACCUGUGUACGCGAAUCGGGCUGCGAGCAUCUGUGUGGCCUCCUCCCUGGCGGAUGAUGAGAAGUGGCAGCUGUUGGCCCGCAAACGCUGCUCCGAGGGGGCAGCCCUCUCAACGGAGGGCCAACAGUUUGGUCAGCGCACUCACUAUGCCCGCAACUCCAUUAAUCUAACCAAUUCACAUUAUCGCUCGCUGAGAUUCGCCCAUUCGCGGCUCAGCUCCUCGAGGCUCAGUUUGUUUAUGCAGACGCCAGCAGCAGCAGCGGGGGGAGGAGGAGGAGGAACGGGGGCAGGAGCAGCAGCAGCGGGGAGUAACAAUCCAGACGAGAGCAAUACUGACACCCAAACCACUGAUCUCACUAAUAAUAUGCCAACCCAGCAGCAACAACAACCACAUCAACCACAACAACAACAACAUCAACAACAACAACCACACCAUUCAUUAUACAUCAAGCACACGCAGAAAAGCGUUUCAUUGUUUGCGCCUAAUCCAUAUCUUAAUUCCUGCUCCACUGCAUCAUCCUCAAUAGCAUCAAGCACCUCAUUGGCACCUCCCGCCGCCUCUUUAAUGCAUCAUCGUCCAUCGCUGCCGGUGGCGAAGCUAACAAUCCGUGACGAGGAGAUGGCCGAAGUCAUACGCGCUUCCAUGAGCGAGGGAAACGGACGCUGCACGCCCAAGACCAUUACCUUCUUCAAAGGAUCUGGCAUGAAGUCGUUGGGUUUCAGCAUUGUUGGUGGACGGGAUUCGCCCAAGGGCAACAUGGGCAUCUUUGUGAAGACAGUCUUUCCCUCUGGCCAAGCAGCAGACGAUGGCACACUGCAAGCGGGCGAUGAGAUUGUGGAAAUCAAUGGACACUCCGUGCAGGGUAUGAGCCAUGCCGAGACCAUUGGACUCUUCAAGAAUGUACGCGAAGGCACAAUAGUGCUCAGGAUCUUGAGAAGAAAACUACAAAAGGCUAAAUCAAUGGGUACAUAGAACUACAGAUCAAUGGAACAACUUAUAAAGUUCAAGUUAUUAAUAAAAUAAAUAUAUUUUUAAAUCUAUUGUUAAUACCUUAACUUGCAUUAUGACUGUAUAUUGAAAGCUAUAAUUUAGUUUAGCUUUAAUUUUUGUAAACGUACAAAACCCUCAUGAAAUAUGCACUCAACAAAUUUAUGUAUUUAGUACAUAUCACUAUAUAAAUAAAUGUUUAACUAGCUGGUGUUACCCGGCAUUGUCCGUAUUUUCA